AUGGCGUGGGGCUGGGAUCGCGAGGAUGAAUAUGACGGCGUGGACCGAAACGAGCCCAGCGAAGAGUACGUCUUCGGUGGCGGCAAGUGGCCGUUUGGGGGCGAGGGGCAGCCCGGGGAUGUCCCCACGCCUUCCGGUGCUGCCUGCCAAAAGAUCAGUGAGAUGCUGGCCCGGGCGGACGACAACGCAGGGGAGUAUUCCUUCGGAGGACAAGCGUCAACGCUCCCAGUAGCCCCUGGACUGCAUGGCGAUGGGGUGGGGCUCAUCCCCGUCCCCUUGACCGAGGAGCACGCGACCAAGUUGAUCGCCAAGUGCGACAAGUCUCCGUUUGGGAGGAAGCUGGAGACGAUGAUGGACGAAAGUGUCCGCAAGAGCUGGCAACUGAGUCCUGAUCAGGUGGACAUCAAGAACCCACUGUGGUCUACGGGUAUCGACAAGCUGGGCGAGACCAUUGCAGGCAGACUUGGAUACAAUGGUGUGCCCUUGCAGUGCAAGCUGUACAAAUUGCUGGUGUACGGGGAAGGAGGACACUUUGUGAAGCAUCAGGAUACGGAGAAGGAGGACGGAAUGGUGGCGACGAUGGUCGUUCAGGUGCCAAGUGCGCACGAAGGCGGGACUUGGUGGUCUACCGUCGAGGCGAGGUGA